AUGACCCGAGCGAUUUGGCUCGACGGCCUUCGGGGCAUUGCGGCCGCCAUUGUGGCGACAGACCACUAUUUCAUGGGAGCCAUUCUGCACGCCGGCUUCAGAUCCUUCUGGGCAGAUCCGCCGGAGGAGAAUCGUCGACUCUAUCAGCUGCCUCCCUUCCGUCUGGUCUUUGCAGCGCAUGCCAUGGUGCCCUUGUUCUUUGUGAUCUCCGGUUAUGCCAUCUCCAUCAAUCUCAUCCGAAUGAGGGCCGGCAGCAACACUGAAGGAUUUCUUCGGCGACUAUCCUCGGCAGUGACACGCCGCGGCCUCCGCAUCUAUCUGCCCGUGCUCUGUAUCACGGUUAUUUCGCAGAUCCUCUUCUUUCUCAACCUCUUUCAGUGGGAGCCUUCGGAUGAUAUUGUAUGGGGUCGAAAGCCUCUGACUGCGCCGUGGUUCCAUGUAGAGUUUGUCGCCCGGUACAUGCUCGACAACAUCAACAUCCUCGCCAUCCAGUACAACGGCGGUCUCAAUGGCCAGCUGUGGACAAUGGCUCUCGAGUUCCGUGGAUCUUGCGUUGUGUAUCUCCUCCUCCUGGGUCUGGCCUUUUGGAAGCCGAGGCCCCGGCUUUGGGCGCUUGGCGCUUUGAUGGCCUACUGGUUCUACUUUGGCUUCUGGGAUGUAUUGGGAUUUCUGGCAGGGUACUGGCUGGCCGAGCGGGAAGUUUUGUCGGAGUCGGAAACUGUUAGCACCGAGGCAGAUUUUAUGCUUUGGCUCAAACCGUAUAUCCCGGUCCGGAUGAGAUCCGUAAACUUCAGCGCCGUCCGAACGUACGCCAUUUUCAUCGUCGGUAUCUGGUUUCUCUGUUUAAGCGAUGACGGCGCUCUCCCACCUGGGUAUCAAUUCUUGCAGGUUGCCGAAACCUCGCGAUGGGAUGGAAACUGGGGGAUUGUGGACAAGACGUGGAAAACGGUUGGCUCCGUGCUGGUUGUCUCUGCAAUCAGCUCCACAGAACUACUUCAGUACCCCCUCAAUUCCAAGCCAGUACAGUAUUUGGGGAGGAUCUCUUUUUCGCUAUACCUCGUACAUCAAACCAUCUACCACUUGCUCAGCGAUCCGGUCAAGAAUGUCCUUUGGUUCAUAGCCACAGGGGGUUCACAACCUGGUGAUGAUGCUGGUGAAUACGUAAUCACGUCCGCUUUCUGUUGGAUCAUGGGCUUCAUCAUCCUGUCAACAAUCAACCUGUAUGCGGCAAAUUAUUAUACGAGAUUCGUCGACGAGCGAUGCAUUAAGCUUGCAAAGCAGUUUGACCAAUGGGUCUCUGGAGCGUUGUAA